UUACUCUGUUGUGUAGACAACUUUCAGGCCCGCCUUACUGUGAAUUACGCCUGUUUACUUCAUAACAUCCCAUGGAUGGAAAGUGGCGUUGCAGAGAAUGCCGUCAGUGGUCAUAUCCAGCUGCUUCUUCCGGGCGUGACGCCUUGCUACGAGUGCUGCCCCCCGCUGGUGGUGGCGACAGGAAUGCCGGAGGCAAAACGUGAGGGUGUCUGUGCGGCGUCUCUUCCCACCACCAUGGGCAUUGUGGCGGGAUUUAUGGCGCAGAAUACACUGAAAUAUCUACUGAAUUUUGGAACUGUGAGCGAGUACGUUGGAUAUGACGCAAUGCGGGAUCAUUUCCCCUCUAUCACGAUUAAAGCAAACCCGGAGUGCCGCAAUGAGACAUGUGUGCAGCGACAACAAGAGUACGCUGCGCGACGGGCCGCGAUGGGCGAUGCGGCCCACCCACUACAUCAGGCGAAUAAACAACGUGAGGAGCGAGAGGCAAAGGAACGAGCUGCAGCGAGGGCGAAGGCGACAGCGUCGGCAGCCGAAUGGGGUAUUGUAAUUGAGGCCCGCGGCAAGGAGGACUUGGCGGUGCAUGCGCCACAGCCUGAGGGCGUGGAAGCCGUCAGUGUGGAGUACGCGUACAGCAGCGGUGCGGGGAAUGCGGCGGAGCACGCACAGGAGGAAUUCGUGAUGACGGACGGUGGAGAGUCACUCGAGGCAUUGAUGGCGAAAAUGAAGGCUCUGCAACACUAA